ACAUCUAGCUGUCAUCCGAGCAAAAAGUGCAUGUAUUGGCGCGAAAUAAAUCUAACCAACACAAGUGCAUUUUUGCUCCGAAUGACAGCUGGAUACAAAUAAAACUGAAUAAUUAGAAGAAUAAUUUAAUUUAUGUUGAAAUCGUGUAUUUAAAGUUCAAUUUUAAUUUUCAUUGUGCUGCUUAAUUUGUUUGCUAAAGUGCGUGCGCGAAAACGUGAUGAGAAAAAAAAGAGAUGCACCAAAAUGUCGACCGCAACGAUCCGUAUCCGCCGGUUCAUGACCAAGCAUCUGCUGAGUCGUAAACAUAUGAUCUCCGACAUCCUGCAUCCGGAUAUGGCUUGGGUCCCGAAGAAGGAAAUCCGUGACAAGUUGGCAGCCAUGCACAAAACCACUCCCGAUGUAGUGUUCGUGUUCGGAUUCCAGCUUUGUGAUGGUAAGUCGACCGGCUUUGUGCUGAUCUGCUACAUACCAAGAAGUACCAAGAACCCAAGCACCGAUCGGGACGCCGAGAGGAAGAUGAUCCGCAAUGAACGCAAGAACCGUAUGAAGGUGUGCUGUACCAAGAAGGCCAAGGUCGGAUAGGCAGUAUAGAAGUAAGCGAGUUGCUUGGAGUUGUGUUUACACUCCGUCGAAUUAAAUGGAAAUAUAAAGCUCUUAAUCUAAAUUAAAUUUAUGAUUCUAUUUUUAUCAAGAAAUUGUUCCAGGGAACCUUCCUUGAAUUCUCCUGGGACUACAUCGUGUCUUCCUGUAGGGAUG